GACUUCACCGCAUUCACUCUCUCCCUAAAAACCAGACCCUCGGAUUCUUCGCACACCGACACGGCAAUUAUCGCACUUCCUCUUUCAACAGUCGCGUCGCACGGCAUUUCAUAGACGUCGUCCCACUACUCUACCUUAUCGACUCGACAUUUAUUUUCCUGGUCUAAACAAUUCCGCGUCGUCGAUAAAAGAGCUUGUUUCCAGUCGCCAAAAUGUCGGCCGAAGAUCGAGAAAUGAUGGAAAAGAUCACCCGUUUGGCAAGCCAGAUAAAUCGCCACAAGAACCAGCAGGCGGGCAUCGACUCUGCGCCGCCUGUUCGACCGCGUCACAACGCAGGCUAUUCGGGAGCAUGGCGCCGUGGCGGAUUUCCUCGUGGCGGCCAUCACAGCGCACGGAUACCCGUAUAUCGAAACAAGACCCUCGUACUGAAGGGUGCAUCUCAGCAAAAUCAAACCGGCGAUGGCGACUCGGGGGCUACCUCGGAUGCCUCGAAUUCGUCAUGGGUCACGAAAAAUGAUCGGCAUUUGCAGCUCAUAAACUCGGCCGUCUAUAACAAAGAGGUGCCCGCACGGACACUGGCGUUGGAGCAGACGCGGCGGCAAAAGCUUGCCCUCAAAAACAAGCAGGAGCGGGCUAAGCUGAUCAGUCACCUUAGUCGCAUGGUAGAUCGCCCCGGUUUUGGCUCAGCUAAUCCGCAGAACGCAGCCGACAAGUACGAGAUCGCCGUACAAGGCGUCCGCUUCGUGGUCGCCAAGAAUGGCAGCAAGCUUAUCAAAGUUCCCGGCGAUGGCAACUCGGCAAAGGCCACUCCCAAGGUGGCUGUGAUCGGGGGCGUCAAGUUCUAUCGAAGCAAGAACGGUAAUCUUUAUCGCCACGGGAUUGUGAAAGCGCAACGACAAUCGGGCGCCGUCAAGAAGGUCGACGUGCCUUGCAAACAGUUUUCCAUGACGGGUUCCUGCAGCCAAGGCCCUCGGUGCCGCUACGUGCACGACCCGCACAAGGUUGCUAUUUGCAAGGACUUUUUACAACAGGGUGAUUGUCUCAACGGGGAGCACUGCGAUCUUUCGCAUGACCCCACUCCCGAGCGAACCCCGACGUGCUUGCAUUUUGCCCGGGACAAUUGCACCAAGCCUGACUGCAAGUAUGCUCACGUGAAAGUGUCUCCAGCAGCUCCAGUAUGCCGAGCCUUUGGCUUGUACGGCUACUGCGACAAGGGCGCCAGCUGCCCGGAUCGGCACGCGUUCGAAUGCCCCGACUUCAGCAACACGGGUGUUUGUAGAAUCAAGGGGUGCAAGCUACCCCACCGCGAGAGGGCAAGCGUCCUCCGCAGAAGUGCAGGCGGUAGAGACACGGCCAAGGCUGAUGAUGACGACGAGAUGGAAGACGUCUCCAGCGAGGAUGACGGCGAGUCUAUCGACAGCGACGAUGUAGACUCUGACGAGGUGGACGAGUUCAUCGGCCAGGACGAGACAGGCGGUCUCGAUUUCACGGAGCAGAGGGACUUCAUCGAGCUAUGAUGCUCCAUCCCUCGGACGCCCCGUCGGCCACUUUGCUUCUUCAUCUCUUACCUGCAUCGUCUGUUGGCAUCGAUACCCAUUCUGUGUUUGAGCAAACUGUCUAGGGAAAUACCAGAGUCAGCCACAAAGGACUGUGGCAUGAAACUUGACGCUUGGCCGCGCCCGAGGCUGGUGUAAAGCUGGAUGGUGCAUCAAGCCAUCGUGUCGGAUUAUAGAGGCAAAAGUACACAUAGUUAAUCAAUGAAGAAUCAUGUAAUGUUUAAGCCUGG